AUGAAUUACGGUGGAACUGGAAUUAUGGAUACCACUACAAAUAAUAUUUUAAAUACAGGCGGUGAAUAUCAUCAUCAAUUUCAAAACUAUUAUCAUCCACAUACAAGAUCUUUUUCAAAUAAUGUUCAUCACUCUUUAAAGUUUCCUAGUCAAAAUCGAUUAGAUGAUAAUGAUGAUGAACAACAACAACAACAACAACAACAACAACAGCGAAUCGAUGAUGAUUAUGAAAUAAAUGAUAUUGACAAACCAAAAUUGCUUAUGUGGGGUCUUACAAAAAGUGGUAAAACAUCGAUAAUAAAACUUAUCUUUGAAAAAAUGACUGCCGGUGAAACAUUAAAACUUCCAGAAACAAAAAUGGUUCAAAUACAUGAACUUACUUGUGGUAUAUAUGUACGCUUUCAAAUUCGUGAUGUACCUGGUCCAAAAACAGCAUCAUUAAGUGAUUUUGAAACAUAUGCACCGAAUUCUACGACAAUUGUUUUUGUUCUUGAUGUUACUGAAGAUUAUAUUGAUGCAAUCAAUUUAUUAGUUAGUUCAGUGCAAUGGAUGUAUAAACAUGGUCAUAAUGUACGAUUUGAAGUAUUAAUACAUAAAAUUGAUGGUGUACAUGAACAAGAUCGUUUAGAACGAUAUUCAACUAUUCAAAAACAAGUUAAUGUUAUGUUACAUGAAUGUUCAAUUGAAAAACCACUUAUCAAUUUUUAUUUAACAAGUAUUUAUGAUCAUUCAAUACAUGAAGCAUUUAGUAAGAUAGUUCAAAAUCAAAUGAAACAAUUACGUGCACUUGAAAAUAUGCUUAAUUUAGUUACAGAAAGUACUCAAUUGGACAAGAUUUUUGUGUGUGAUAUUUAUAAUAAAAUUUUUCUUGCAUCCGACACUAAACCAGUAGAAACUCAACUUUCAGAAUUAUGUUGUGAUGUUGUUGAUGUUUAUACAGACAUUUCAUCGAUAUAUGGAACAAGUAACAGCUCGGUGCUUGAUUCAAUGUCCUUUUGUACAAUUGAACUUUCAAUUGGUCUUAUACUUUAUUUAAAAGAUAUAAAUCCAACGACAGCACUUAUAUGUAUAUUAAAAAAAGAAUCGAAAAUAAAUGAAGCUUUAAUGGAAGUUAAUUUAAAUAUUUUAAAAAAAAAUAUUCAAGAAUUAUUUCUUGCUAAUGCUAAAAGUUCAAGACGACAACAAUUAAAUACAUCCAUAACAUCAAUCGAAUGA